GGUUGCGACAGCAGGUCUUUCUCGUAUUGAGACAUACCAGGUAGGCGAGGCUGACUUGGAACGCCGAACGAAUUCCCUGCUGUAUAGCUUCGUGGAACUCCUCAUUUCGCCAGAACUUCACCAGGUCUUGCGCCAAAUUGAUCGGGCCGACAUCGGGCGACACCACAUUCGUGGCUAGAGAAAAAUCACGGAAACACCAUUGACAGCCCAAGAGACAACUUUCAGUAUUAUUUCGUAAUACUAUAAUCACAGCCACAAUGCCGACAUACAAGAUUGUUGUUUUCCCCGGUGACCACUGCGGUCCAGAGGUCACUGCUGAGGCAGUCAAGCUUCUCGAUGUGAUUGGCAAAAGCAAAGCGGACGUCAAGUUCGAGCUGAAGGAAUACCCUCUGGGUGGUGCUUCCAUCGAUGCCCACGGUGAACCUCUCACAGACGAAGCCCUCGAGGCCGCAAAAGCCGCCGAUGCCGUGAUCCUCGGAGCCAUCGGUGGCCCGAAAUGGGGCACCGGUAAGGUCCGCCCAGAGCAAGGUAUCCUACGUCUCCGUAAGGAAAUGGGCACAUACGGCAACCUCCGGCCCUGCUUCUUCGCCUCGGAGAGCCUGGUGGCCAACUCGCCGCUCAAGGAGAGCGUGUGCCGGGGCGUCAACUUCAACAUCGUCCGCGAAUUGACUGGAGGCAUCUACUUCGGCGACCGGAUCGAGGACGACGGCUCCGGCUUCGCCCAGGACACCGAGCCUUACUCCCGCGCCGAGAUCGAGCGUGUCACUCGCCUCGCCGCCCACCUGGCGCUGGCUGAGGACCCUCCAGCACCGGUCUGGUCGCUGGACAAGGCCAACGUCAUGGCGACGAGCCGUCUGUGGCGUAAGACUGUCACAGACGUCAUGGAGAAGGAGUUCCCGCAGCUCAAGCUCGGCCACCACCUCAUCGACUCGGCGGCCAUGUUGAUGGUCAAGAACCCGCGGGCGCUGAACGGUGUCAUCCUCACGAGCAACCUCUUCGGCGAUAUCAUCAGCGACGAGGCUUCGGUCAUUCCCGGCUCGUUGGGACUUUUGCCUUCGGCGAGUUUGACCGCUUCGCCGGAUGGAAAGAGCAAGUGCAACGGCAUUUACGAGCCGAUCCACGGUUCCGCUCCGGACAUCAGCGGCCAAGGCAUCGUCAACCCUGUUGCGACACUUCUCUCCGUAGCUAUGAUGCUGAAAUACUCUCUCCAACAGCCCGAGCUCGCCAAGAAGGUCGACGAGGCGGUCAAGAUCGUCAUCGACAAGAACAUCCGCACCGCAGACAUCGGAGGCUCGGCGAAGACGGCCGAGGUGGGCGAUGCCGUCGCCAAGGAGCUCGAGGCAUUGUUGCAAUAGAGUAAUGAUUCCUGUAGACGGUAAACCUUUCUUGGAUGUCUUCAUGAUUGGGCAUGGCAAUGAUAACGAAUCAAAGGAGACCUCGCGAAUCUGUUCUUGUCUAUCAUUAGAUGCUUGUAUCGUGUGUUCGACGAAGAAAGUAUCGUAUGUGUAGUAGAAAUGCUUAUUACGCCCAAAGUUAUUGUCGAUCUCGCGAAAACUCUAAUCAAGCAGACCGGGAUAUAAGAUGGCACCAGGAGCGCCUCGCUAAGUAGAAGAUAUCAAAUAGUUCCAAGCCCCGUUCAAACCCAAAACACCCGAAACGUCAAACCAGCGGCCUUUGCCCUUUUCACGCGAAAGGGGUUUUCCGUCCCGUCGCCUUGCCCACGC